AUGCGUCUCUGCCACCAUACGAGCAUACUCAACACCUUCCAUCGACAGCUGACGCCAGCCCGCUCGAAUUCGUCCAUCGCCCGCCACGUCCGACUUAGCAGAAUCCUUCACUGUCCCCGUCAGCGUGUCGCCAUGUCCACCACGUCCUCCCCAGCCGUCGACGUCAUCCACCUCGACAGCGACGGCUACUCUCCCAACGGUAAACCGCACUCGCUGCCUGCACUGCACUACAGAUCUCCAUACGGCGGCGAUGCCGACACGGCGGGAGGCUCCGAACAGGCAGACUUCCCGAGCGACAAGGCAAAGGAGCUCGUCGAACGACGAGGCUGGCAGCCGUCGUGGGAGUUUGGCAUGUACCGCCAGGCCCACUACCACACCACGACGCACGAGCUCCUCUUUGUCCUGCGCGGCGACGCCUCCAUCAUGCUCGGCGGCUCGGAUCAGCGUGCCAAACCGCCACCACCACCACCAUCAUCGCUACCACUGCGGUCCUCGACCACGGGAGGGGCGUCGGGUGAGGGCGAAAGCGAAGGUGGCCCAAAGACCGAGCACCACCUUCGACUUCGACCAGGAGACAUCCUCCUCAUCCCUGCCGGGUACACGCAUCGGUCCCUCGAGUCGUCGCACGACUUCACCAUGCUUGGCUGCUACCCGCGCGGCGCAGCCAGCUGGAACAUGCGCUACCCCAACGUCAACGGCUGCAGGUACGACGUCGACGAGAUCGUCAAGCUCGUCGACGGCGCACACAAAAAGGCCCUCUUCGAUGCCCAGGAUCCAGUCAAGGGUCAGGGCCAAGAGCGUGGCGAGGGCGUCCUCGACAGGACCUGGUUCCGCGAGGCCGCCGCACAUUGA